AUGUUAUAUUCUCCAUUUUUAUUUGAUUUUCCUUCGUUUCUGUUUUAUCUUUUCUUUCUCUUUCUUUAUUUGUCUCUCUUUCACACACACACACACACUUUUUUCUCUCUCUUACUUUUCUGUCUUACAAUAUUCAUUUUGAUUUUAUUCUUUUCCUUUAUUUUAUUUCCUUUUUCCUUCUUUCACUUCUAUUAUAGCAUUAUUGUUUUCUUCCUUUUGUUCAUUUCACUUGUUUAUUGCCUCUUCUUUUUCCUUCUUUCCAUUUUUUCAAUCUUCCUAUCGUCUUUCUUUUUUCAUUUGUUCUUGAAUAAUUUUUUCUAUUUAUAUAUUAUGGAGCCCUCUCUUUACUUUUUAAUUAAUCUUCUUUUAUUCUUUUUGAGUCUAAUUUUUUUUAAUUCUACGUUCUUUUUCUUGUUCUUUCUUUCUUAUUUAUUUGAAAUUUAUCUUUAUUUUUUUUUCAGUAUUUCUUUUCUUUUCGCUUUCUUAUUCCUUCAUAUUUUUACUUCUUCAUUUUCUUUUAAUUACUUUUUCCUGUUAUUUUUUUUCUUUACUUUUUCUUCCAAUCAUUUCUCCUUCAUUACAUUUGCUUUAUUUCCCCAACGUUAUUCCAUUUUUUCCUUCUAUUUUAUAUUCCUUCCUUUUUUUCUUUUCUUUCACAUUCUUUUUUUAUUCGUCUUUCUUUACAUCCGUCCUUUCCUUCGCAUUCCUUAUUUUUCGUUUUUUUCAUUCUGUUUCUUUACUAAUUUCUUCUUUACACUCUCCCUGCCUUCCUUCCUUACCCCUUAUCUUCCUUCUUUCAUUCCUUCAUUUCAAAUUUUGUUCUGCCUAUCCUUCCUUCCUUCCUUCCUUCCUUCCUUCCUUCCUUUUCUUUUCAUUCGUCCUUUCUUCUAUUUUCUUCUUUCCCUCUUUUCCUAUACUUUUCUUCUCUACCUCACCUUUUUUUUUUAUCUAAUCCCUUUGUCGUUAGUCUUAUUUUUUCCCUCCCUUUUCUCUCUUUUUCUUUUUCUAUUCAUUAUUCUUUCCUUCCUGUAUCUUCCUCUUAGGACUCCGUUUAAUUUCAUGUGCCUCUCGCUUUUGCCUUUUUGUUUUCUUCUUACCAUUAUAUUGGCUUUAAAAUUUCUGAAAUCUUAA